CAAAUGUAAAAUGGAAGAAAAAAAAGAAAAAUAAGGAAAGGGUCGUUCCUUCCUAGUCCCCUUCUCUGCAAUAAUCUCGUCAAGUUGCCUUAAAAACACAGAGACAUAUACAGAUAUACUGGUACUUACACAAAAUUUCCAGCUAUCUCUCCUCUGUAAAGUGCAUGUAUUUGCUUCUUCUUCCCUGGUAAUGUUUUGUGCUUAAUUUUUAUUGGGUGCUUCUUUUUUUGCCGAAAAUUACCCAGAAAUUUGCUCAACUCUGUAAAAAAAAAAAUCGAUCUUUAUUUGAUUUUGAUCUGGGGUUUUUCUGGGUUUGCUUCAAUUUUAUCUGAAGGAACAACGCGUGGGUUUUGUGUUCCUGUUCAUUUGGAAAUCAAUCUUGCGUUUUUUGUGUGAUUUUGUCAGCAAAUUAUAGAAAUUGAGAAUAGGUAUUUUGAUUUUUGACUCUUUCAAGUUUAUUCUGAAUUCUAAUUAUAUACUUUGUAUGUAUAUAUAUAUAUGUGUGUGCUUGCGCCUUUUUAGCUUUUGAAAUUUUGUUGUUUGGUAGUUUUAGUUUCUAUUUAUGGUUAAGAAAGUAUAGAGAAAAGCCUGUUUUGGAUGCUUUAUUGACGUUUAGAGGGUAAAGAAAAGGGUAUAUGUAAGAAAACUGGAGUUGGGGUUUUGAAAAAAAUGCAAAGAGUGAGGGUAUCUUCAAAGCAUUCACCAGUUUUUAAGCUUGGUGAUUCCCAGCUAUCAUUAUCCCCAAAAUUUAGAGUAGCAGCAAUUAAGUCACCCUUAGUAGAUCCCUCUUCAGAUUUGGAGUUAGCUAUAAAAGGGCAGCCCCUUAUUCCAGGGCUUCCAGAUGAUGUUGCUCUCAAUUGUCUGUUGAGGCUUCCUGUUCAAAGUCAUGGUGCUUGUAGAGCUGUUUGUAAACGAUGGCAUCUAUUGCUCGGUAGUAAGGAACGGUUUUUCACUCGGAGGAAGGAGUUAGGGUUAUAUGAUCCUUGGUUGUUUGUGUUAACCUUCCACAAAUGUACUGGAAAGAUACAGUGGUUGGUUCUUGACCUUAAUCAUUUCACAUGGCAUACCAUUCCUGCAAUGCCUUGUAGGGAUAAAGUUUGCCCCCAUGGUUUUAGGUGUGUCUCUGUACCGAAUGAAGGCACACUCUUUGUCUGUGGCGGUAUGGUGUCCGAUGUGGAUUGCCCCCUCGAUGUUGUCUUGAAAUAUGAAAUCCAUAAGAACCGGUGGACUGUGAUGAAUCAGAUGAUUACAGCUCGAUCAUUUUUUGCAAGUGGGGUGAUUGAUGGGAUGAUAUAUGUGGCAGGAGGGAAUAGUGCUGAUCUAUAUGAACUUGAUGCAGCUGAAGUUUUAGAUCCAAUUACGGGGUUUUGGCACCCAAUUUCAAGUAUGGGGACUAAUAUGGCCUCUUAUGACGCGGCUGUUCUUAAUGGAAAGCUUCUCGUAACAGAAGGAUGGUUGUGGCCUUUCUUUGUUUCUCCUCGAGGUCAGGUUUAUGACCCAAGAACUGAUAACUGGGAGAGUAUGGCAGUUGGACUAAGGGAAGGAUGGACUGGCUCCAGUGUUGUUAUUUUUGGGUGUCUGUUUAUUGUUUCAGAACAUGAGAGGAUGAAGCUUAAGGUCUAUGAUGUGAAUUCUGAUUCGUGGGAAACUGUUGAAGGCCCGCCUUUACCAGAACAAAUUUGCAAGCCUUUUUCUGUGAAUUCCUGUGAUUCCAUAAUCUAUGUUGUUGGUCGGGAUCUUCAUGUAGCUGUGGGUCAGAUUACGAAAGUGAACCUAGAAGGCCAUUCUGAAAAGAAAUUGAGCUUUGCUGUUCAAUGGCAUGUUGAGGAUGCUCCAAGGGCGUUCUCUGAUUUGACUCCCUCAAGUUCCCAGGUUAUGUUUGCAUAGCUUGUUUGUUUCUGUUGUCAGUCUCGUUGAAUUAUCUGUAAUGAUAUGUAACUGUUGAGUAUAGAGUUGUAAUUGUUGCUCUAAAAGAUCUAUUGUUAUUAAGCACUACAGAAAGAUGAAAUUUCUGAGUCGAAAAAUUGUGUAGUCUAUAAAUAUAUACUUAUUUUAUCUUCAA